AUGACGCGCAAGGAGGGAACAGAGUCGGGAAAUGACGACGUCCAAAUAGUUGCACAAGAAUCGGUGUCUGUGGAAGAGGUAAAAAUGUUGCGACAACAAAUGGCCGAAAUGUAUGAAGCUUGGAUGAAUGGGCAAGCUCCUCCAUCUUCGAUUCGGGAAUACCUGAAUGCGAAUAUGCCAUUCCCUAUCCAAGUAUCAACCAAUGAUCCAAUUUAUCCACCUGGAUUCGGCCCCUACACUAACACAUCGAACGUCGCUGAAACUUCUACAGUGCGUCCCUUGAAUACUCCUAUGAUGAGUAACCCGCUAUUUGUGCCAACUGCGCCGACUAAUAGCACUUCAAAUCCAACAGUGGUGCCCAAAUCUAACAAUGAUCCUUCAUUCCAAGUUCUUCAUGACCAUGGCUACACCCCUGAAGAGGCCCUUAAAAUUCCAAGUUCUUAUCCCCAGACUCAUCAAUAUAGUUCCCCUUUCAAAAUUGAGAAAACAAUUAAGAAUGAGGAGCAUGAAGAAAUGGCUAAGAAAAUGAAGAGUUUGGAACAGAGUAUAAGAGAUAUGCAAGGACUAGGGGGCCACAAAAGCAUCUCAUUCAGUGAUUUGUGCAUGUUUCCCCACGUCCAUUUGCCUACUGGUUUUAAAACCCCGAAGUUUGAGAAAUAUGAUGGUCACGGAGACCCCAUAGCUCAUUUGAAGAGAUAUUGCAAUCAAUUGAGAGGUGUCGAGGGCAAAGAAGAGUUGCUCAUGGCCUAUUUUGGGGAAAGCCUAGUGGGAAUUGCGUCUGAAUGGCUCAUAGAUCAGGAUAUAGCCAACUGGCAUACGUGGGAUGAUUUGGCUCGAUGUUUUGUGCAACAAUUCCAAUAUAAUAUCGAUAUUGUGCCAGACCGCUCCUCACUUGCUAACAUGAGGAAAAAGACCACAGAAAAUUUUCGUGAAUAUGCCGUUAGAUGGAGGGAGCAAGCUGCUAGGGUUAAACCACCAAUGAAGGAGUCAGAGAUGAUUGACGUUUUUCUCCAAGCCCAAGAACCUGAUUACUUUCAUUACUUGCUUUCUGCCGUCGGGAAGACAUUCGUCGAAGUUAUCAAGGUUGGGGAAAUGGUGGAAAAUGGCAUCAAGUCUGGGAAGAUCGUAAGCCAAGCUGCUUUAAAAGCCACAACACAAGCACUUCAAAAUGGUUCUGGAAAUAUUGGAGGGAAGAAAAGAAGGGAAGAUGUAGCCACCGUUGUAUCAGCACCUCGAACUUAUGCCCAAGAUAAUCAUACACAACAUUACUUUCCUCCCCAAAUUCCACAAUAUCCUGUCCCAUAUCCUCAAUAUCCCAUUUUUAGCGCACAACCAAUUGUUCCCCCUUCUUAUCCGCAAUGGCGUGCACCACUUCCUCAAAAUCAUCCAUCACCCCCACAAAUUCACCAAAAUACAACUAGAAUUCCUUUUCGUCCUAGAAAAGAAUACAAGAAGGGAAAUGGAGCUAAGGAUGAGUUCACCCCUAUUGGAGAAUCAUAUGCUAGCUUGUUUCAAAAAUUAAGAACGUUUGAAUGUUUUGAGUCCUAUUGA